AUGGAGAGCGCAGUCCAGGGGUCGGGGCCGUGGCCCCCAUUCCGGCUCCAGCUCCUCUUUGUCCAGGUGGCGGCGCUGCUGGGGACGCUCGGGCCACAGGUCCAGACCCUCAGCCCAGACAGCCUCCUACUGGUGUCCACCUUGGAUGGAAGCCUCCACGCACUGAACAAAGAGACGGGGGACUUGAAGUGGACAUUGAAGGAUGAUCCCAUCAUCCAAGGACCAAUGUAUGUCACCGAAACAGCCUUCCUCUCAGACCCAGCUGAUGGCAGUCUGUACAUCUUGGGGACCCAGAAGCAACAGGGAUUAAUGAAACUUCCAUUCACCAUCCCAGAGCUGGUUCACGCCUCUCCCUGCCGCAGCUCCGAUGGGGUCUUCUACACCGGCCGGAAACAGGAUGCCUGGUUUGUGGUGGACCCCGAGUCAGGGGAGACCCAGAUGACCCUGACCACAGAGGGUCCGUCCACUCCCCGCAUCUACAUCGGCCGAACACAGUACACAGUCACCAUGCAUGACCCCCGGGCCCGGGCCCUGCGCUGGAACAUCACCUACCGCCGCUACUCAGCAGCCCCUGUGGAUGGCUCACCUGGGAGAUACAUGAGCCACCUGGCAUCCUGCGGGAUGGGCCUGCUGCUGACCGUGGACCCCGGCAGUGGAACGGUGCUGUGGACGCAGGACUUGGGUGUGCCUGUGAUGGGCAUCUACGCCUGGCACCAGGACGGCCUGCGCCAGCUGCCCCAUCUCACGCUGGCUCGGGACACCCUGCACUUCCUCGCCCUCCGCUGGGGCCACAUCCGCCUGCCAGCUGUGGGCCCCCAGGACGCAGCCACCCACUUCUCCGCCUUGGACACCCAGCUUCUGAUGACACUAUAUGUCGGGAAGGAGGACGCAGGCUUCUAUGUCUCCAAAGCACUGGUCCACACAGGGGUGGCCCUCGUGCCUCGUGGACUGACCCUGGCCCCCACGAAUGGCCCCACCACGGAGGAGGUGACAGUCCAAGUGUCGGGGGAGCGAGAGGGCUCACCCAGCACUGCUGUCCGGUACCCGUCAGGCAGCGUGGCCCUCCCCAGCCAGUGGCUGCUCAUCGGACACCACGAGCCACCCCCGGUCCUGCACACCACCAUGCUGAGGGUCCAACCUACGUCAGCGAGCGCGUCUGCAGAGACGAGGCCCCCAGAGAGCACCCGUGCGCCAGCCCUGUUCCUGGAGCUUCUGAGCCUGAGCCGGGAGGAAUCUUGGAACCUGGAGCUGCAUCCUGAAGAGAAAAGUCCAGACUCAGAGUCCAGCCUGGGCCCGCAAGACCUGCUGGUAGCGAGCCUCACUGCGGUGCUCCUGGGAGGCUGGAUCCUCCUGCUCCUGAAGCAGCAACAGCAGCAGCUGGCAGAGAAGCAGCAGGAAACUCCCCCUGCAGUCCCAGGCCCUUCUCACCUCUCACAGGAAGCCCUGGCCCCGCCCUCAGGGGCCACCCAACAGGGCCAGAGGAGACUUCAACGCCCCUCGGAGCAAACCCAGCCAUUUGGUGACCCUGAAGCCGAGCAGCUCACCGUAGUGGGAAAGAUUUCCUUCGACCCCAAGGACGUGCUGGGCCGUGGGGCCAGCGGCACUUUUGUUUUCCGGGGACAGUUUGAGGGGCGGGCAGUGGCCGUCAAGCGGCUCCUCCGCGAGUGCUUCAGCCUGGUGCAGCGCGAGGUCCAGCUGCUGCAGGAGUCUGACAGGCACCCCAAUGUGCUGCGCUACUUCUGCACCGAGCGGGGACCCCAGUUCCACUACAUCGCCUUGGAGCUCUGCAGGGCCUCCUUGCAGGAGUACGUGAAAAACCCUGACCUGGACCGCUGGGGCCUGGGGCCCAAGACGGUGUUACAGCAGCUGAUGUCUGGCCUGGCUCACCUGCAUUCCUUGCACAUAGUGCACCGGGACCUCAAGCCGGGCAACAUCCUCAUUGCCGGGCCUGACAGCCAGGGCCGAGGCCGGGUGGUGCUCUCUGAUUUCGGGCUCUGCAAGAAGCUGCCCGCCGGCCGCCGUAGCUUCAGCCUCCGCUCAGGCAUCCCUGGCACGGAAGGCUGGAUGGCACCCGAAUUCCUAAAGCAACCCCCAGCCAGUCCUACCAGCGCCGUGGACGUCUUCUCGGCAGGCUGCGUCUUCUACUACGUGCUUUCUGGCGGCAGCCACCCCUUCGGGGAGAGUCUUUAUCGCCAAGCCAACAUCCUCGCGGGGGCCCCCUGCCUGGCUCACCUGGAGGAAGAGGCUCACGACAAGGUCAUUGCCCGGGACCUGGUGGAAGCCAUGCUGAGCCCCUCGCCCCAGGCCCGCCCCUCCGCCUCCCAGGUGCUGGCCCACCCCUUCUUUUGGAGCACGGCCAAGCAGCUCCAGUUCUUCCAGGACGUCAGCGACUGGCUGGAGAAGGAGCCCGAGAAGGGGCCCCUGGUGGCGGCGCUGGAGGCGGGAGGCUGCGCGGUGGUCCGGCACAACUGGCACAGGCACAUUUCCGCACCACUGCAGACAGAUCUGAGAAGGUUCCGGUCGUACAAAGGGACGUCCGUGCGAGACCUGCUCCGUGCCAUGAGGAACAAGAAGCACCACUACAGGGAGCUGCCGGCAGACGUGCAGCAGGCGCUGGGCCAAGUUCCCGACAGCUUCGUGCAGUACUUCACCCGCCGCUUCCCCCGGCUGCUCCUGCACACGCACCGGGCCAUGAGGAGCUGCGCCUCCCAAAGCCUCUUCUUGCCCUAUUACCCGCCGGCCUCGGAGGCCAGGGAGCCAUGCCCAGGGGCUGCUGGGAGCUGA